AUGGCACAACACAACGUAAGGCACCAUUCAGGAUCCUGCGGACCAUACUUUGACGACGAGUUCAACGCAAAAGUCCAAAGGUUAAUGGAUACAUGGCAUGUUCCUGGCCUAGCAAUUGGACUUAUCCAAGAUUCUUCUACAACUUUCAAGGCAUACGGUUUUGCAGAAUUGCCUAAUACUGCUGUAACUACAGAGACGGUUUUUUUUACUGCUAGUACUACAAAGGCCUUUACAGCUGCUAGCGUCUCUCUGCUUGUGGACGAUGCAGGAUUGCGUUCGUCAUUGAAUCACUGUCCGUCAAACCUGUCAUGGCAGACAACACUUUCAUCCAUUUUAGGUCAAGAUUUUGUUCUAGACAGUGAAGAGAUAACCUCCCGUAUCACACUAGAGGAUGCUCUUAGCAAUAGAACCGGUUUACCAGACCAUAAGUUCAGCUUCAAACCAAAAUCAGCAUCCGUAAAGGAUGUUGUCCGCUCUUUAAGACAUCUCCCGAGAGCUGCAGAACCAGGCACACGAUAUCUCUACAGCAGCUACAUGUUCUCGGCGGUAUCUCAUGCUUUGGAGACUAUGACUUCAAUGAACCUGGGUGAAUUCAUGAAACAAAGGCUUUGGUAUCCUUUGGGUAUGACUCGGACAUAUUGGACGCCGGAACAAGCAGAGGAGGCGAGGGCAUCUGGAACCGUACUUGCUCGUGGCUACGCGUGGAACACAUCAAAAGAAGCCUUUCUAGAACAACCAGUACCAGAUUUUCCAGCAGUUUCAGGAGCAGGAGCUAUUAUCAGCAAUGUUGUUGACUACGCUAAAUGGCUGCAGUGCAUGAUGACUCGAUCUCCGCCGCUGAGUCCAGCUGCGCAUGCCACUCUUACAACACCACGGAUCUCAUUUUCGGCCCCCGGUAAUAAUCCAUUCCCGCCACCGCACUCAUACGCCUUAGGAUGGUUCAUUGAUCAUUACCGCGGGCAACGCAUCGUGUGGCAUAGUGGUAGUUGGACUGGAUUUGGAACUACUGCAAUGUAUCUCCCAGGCAAACAAUGGGGCUUGGUUAUGAUGGGCAACACGACAGGCACAAGCAACUGCGUCCAGAUAGCCUUGUUUAUGGGGAUGCUUGAUGAUCUCCUUGAGACACCUGUUGAUGAAAGAAUUGACUGGAAUCUCAAGCUUCAGGAACGUCUGUCUCAGAGGAGAUCUGAUAUUGCGCGCUCCGCAGAACUCCUCUACCCCUCUCUUUCAUAUCCUCCUAGUCCACCUCUUCUUCCAUAUCAAGCCUACGCUAGGAACUACACCCACGCAGCUUAUGGAAAUCUGGAUUUGGAGUGUCGUGGAAACACACUAUUUGCCUCGCGUCUUACCCAAGAGAUCCCCAUGGUCAUACAGAUAAGACAUCUUGGCGGGGAGCACUGGCUGGCUACUUUGAUGACUCUCAACGAGAAUCCACGCGACCAUCAAGUCGUACCAGCGUCGUUCAAGCUAGGUACAGAUAAUAAAGCAGCCCAGGCUGGAUUAGACCUUGAACCUGCAUUAAAUGGGAAUAUGAUCUGGUUUACUUCUCAAACAUCUACAUUAGUCUAA